AGUGGCACGUUUGAGACGGGCUUGUAAGGUAUUAACGACAAUAACGACUGUCAGUGAUGUUAUUUGAGGUUAUGUAACAACAUACGAUAAUGAAGACACUUCGAAUAACCAACGAUGCGGGGAAAUAAUAGUAUAGAAAACACGUGUCGCUUAUGCCUGGCAAAGGUUGACGAAAAUGAAUUUAUACCAAUAUUUCCCCAAAAGUAUCUGAAUGGCGUAUCACUCGUCAUGAAGAUCAUGGUCUGCGUAUCACUUACAAUUCAAGAGGACGAUGCUUUUCCAAAGCGAAUAUGCACGACUUGCGAAGAAGCGGUAAACAACUUCUAUGCCUUUCGUGAAACUUGUUCCCAAGCCUAUUUCAUGCUGAUUCAUAACUAUGGAGAAGCCAAGGAUAUCGUCAAAGAAUCAGAGCCGAAACUGAAAGAUGAUUCCGAUCUUUCAGAGUCUGUGGGAAAAUCUUUAUCCAAAGAUAACGAAAGGAACCUAUGCGAUGGAGAUCUAACAGGUGGACUACAAGUUGUAUUGCGGAAUGAUUUAGAAUCGCAACCGAAACCGAAGGAGAAAUGUUUCUUCGGUGAUCAGAGCUUAGAUAAACUUUCAGACUUAGAAAAUAUUGCAAAACAUAAAAAUUGCAGUGACUUUGACCUGGAGCGAAAUAUACCCGAACAUCAUAUCAUGUGCCUCGAUGCAGAUCAACGUUCUGUUGAUGAAAUAAUUGUGGAAGGUGAAACCGAAUCUGAAAUUGUUGAAAACACUUGUAACGAUGAUGUAGAGGAUUUGACACAGGGAAUUCGCUUUAAGGAUAAAUCAUUGCCGAUAGAUGAUGCUACGAAAGAUGCAACGCCUGUAGAGAAAUUUGAGGAAAGGGAAACCGAUGAAGAUUUACAAACUUUCGAAGAAUCAGGUUCAACUUUAGACGAAAUUUCGUCGUCUAAUUACAAUGUCGAUGCGGAUUGUUACCAAGUUGAAGAAAUCCAUCAGCAAAUACGCUGUGGAAAAUACAUCGAACAACUAAUUAAAUAUAAAUGUUUGCGGUGCGAGAAUAGCUUCAAUGACUUAGAUUCAGUCACGGAACAUUAUGCGGGGUGUUGCACGCCUAAUGAUUGUCAAGAAAGCGAACAGACGUCUGCAGAAUCCAACGAUGCUGAGGGCAGUACCAAUUACUUGAAUGCUUUUGCAUACUUGGAUGAAAAUUUUGAGCUGGAAAAUGAAGGCACGCCGACAUUGGAAGGCUUAAAUAACGACUCUGUAAUCAAAGACCCUCAGUUUACAGAGUUGAAGAAAAUCAAUGGAUUAGUUGAAGCAAAGAAUGAACAGAUAUCUUUCUGUGGGAGGGAUAAAAGCAUCGCUUUAGCAUCAAGCGAGGUCUGCGCUGUGAGAGUGAAAGAGAAGUUGAGUGAAUGGACAAGUAAGACACAAUUAAUAAGUUUGGGUAGAGAACAAAAGAGGAGAGGACGCUGUCCGAGAAAAGUCGAUCACCCUUGCCCAGAAUGUGAUAGAAUAUUUGCCAGCAGUUCGUUAUUGAAAAGACAUUCUUCGGUACAUUCUGGAGAACGACCGUAUGCAUGUGAAAUUUGUGACCGACGUUUCGCUCAGUUGGGACAAUUGAACUUUCACAAAAAAUUCCACAGCAAUCCACGUUAUCGAUGUCAUAUUUGCAGUAAGCCUUUUCUGAGACCGAGCGACAUUGAAAAACAUAUGCGCACACACACAGGCGAGAAACCAUUCGACUGUAAAAUAUGUUUGAAAUCGUUUGCUCAACUUGGGGCUUUGCAACAACAUUCGAGAAUUCACUCAGGCGAGAAACCAUACUCUUGCGAAAUUUGUGGCAAGAAUUUUUCCCAGAAGGCAAAUAAAACUAAGCACGUCAAAAUACACAAGGAAGGUGAGAGACCUCACACUUGCGACAUAUGCGGGCGAAGCUUUUCUGAAUUAACAGAAAUGGAAUUGCACAGAGCAGGACACGGAGGAGGCAAACCGCGGAAAUGCGAUCACUGCGAGGACAGUUUUAGAAAAUUAUCAGAGUUAAAUGACCACAUAAGACGAUUCCAUACUUUUGAAAGACAGCACAAGUGCAUGUUCUGUUCAAAGGAAUUUUACUCGAUAUAUAAUUUGAAACAACAUGUGAUGGUGCAUACGGGACAAAGACCUUUUGCCUGUUCAAAAUGUGAUCUUAGGUUUACGCAAAAAGGAAAUCUCACGAAACACUUUGAAAGAAAACAUUCCGAGUUUGUAGAAAAAAGAGAUUGUUGUAUUGUUGUCAAUGCAAGAUCGUUUGAUGGCGAUAAUUUAUUAUUUACCGAGGCUAGCGCCAGUCAAGUUAAUAACGAUGUUAGGCUAAUCGUAGAACGAGAAGAAACAAUUGAAUUGGAUGCCCAGGCUACUCUGAGGAACGAUUGUUCAUGAUUACCAGAAGAAUAUAAUUUCAAUAUUUCGAUUCUGAAAAAAAUUUAACUGCUAGCUUAAGAACUUGUUGCUAAUAUUUAGCAAAUAAUUAAUUUAAGUAGAGAAUUGAC